AUGGCAGACUCCAGUCAUGAGAGCCCACAACUGACAAGGCGCACGUCGUCUCCUUCCAGACAAAGCCGCCGGUCGUCACUGUCGCCGGUGCCGCCCACCCCCACCGACCCCCAACCCACUACCGCCUUGUUUCCGUACCCUCGUAACCAACAACUCUACCGUCGCCAGAAUGUUCCGCCUCUACCUGUAAGCGCGUUGCCAUCUCGCGACCAACCCGGACCAUCUACUCGCUCGUAUGGAUUCACUCGCCCCCCCACUAACCUUGGAAGUCAUCUUCCAAGCUUCGCCCCAUCCCAGUAUGGAUCGAUAAGCGCACCUGAUCGUCCUCGGACAUCGCACCCGGUCUUCCACUCGACCUCGGACUUAGUCGCCCACCAUGGCCUCCCCCAGUCUCUGCCCCCUGUGCCUCGUACAACAAGAUACUCGUCGACAACAGUUUCCAACUCUCCUUCAGAGUCUACCCAAGCGUCUACCUCUAAUAUUGACUCUGAUUUCUCCUCUCUGUGCUCCAACUAUUUGGCAAUGCUGAACAAAAUGCCCGAGGAUAGGCAACAAUCCGCCGCGGACGCGGUUCCCGAUGGCGAUGCCGGUGUCGAAGACGGGGUCGCCGUUCAGGCGCUCAUGGAGGUGCUGCAAGCAUCUCCCGAGUUCCAGUCGGUGGCUGACUUCCAAGACUACCUCACGUCGCCGAUGGAGUCCCCAUGGGAUGACUUCCUCACAACUCCUGUGGUCGGAUCCACCGACGUUGGCGCGGACAUGUUCACCAGUCCGGCCAUCGCCGAUGCAGAUGACUUCGACAACUUCGACGGACCGUCGCUCUUCGGUGGCUCGUUGGGCCUGAUGGGCAGCAUACACGACCCGCCGAAGGCUGACGCGCCCCCGCAAAAACCUAUGCCGCUGCCAGCUACCGCUAGCUUUGACGGCUUGUACACGAUGCCGUCACCGACAACACCCGCUCUCGAUCCCGCAUCCCUCCACCCGUCGCCCCGCGUUCCUCCACUACCUGCGUCGCCGUCGACAUCUGCUCAGUCUCGUCGACGGAAUGGACCGACCGGUACUCGGAAGAACAUCACUCCCGAGUCGCUCGUGCCCAUGGACGCGCCGAUCCAAGGUCGGAAGUACGUAACGCCUUCGUCGACAUCGCGCAAGGAGGUCCCCGCCGUGUUCGCGCGCAAGCGCGCACGCUCUCAGGCGUUCGGCGAUGACGACGACGACGAGAUCCGUGCGGAAGACCUCCCACCGCAGGAUCUGGAUGCGAUCGAGGCGAAGAGGCGGCAAAAUACCCUGGCGGCGCGGCGUAGUCGGAAGCGCAAGCUCGAGUACCAACGCGAACUUGAGUUGGCCAUCGAGCAGGAGCGAACGGAAAAGGAGAUGUACAAGGCGCGGGCGGCGAUGUUUGAGGCGCUCCUUCGGAGCCAUGGCCAUGAGGUCCCUCUCGUCAACCCGUGA